AUCAGGUGGUGAAUUAUGACAUAGUUCAUCAAGACAUCAGUAACCAAGACCAAGAACACAAGGCUUGCCUUAUUACACAAGGGCUUUUGGCAAACCAUGUCCUAAACUUGAAAGCGAAAACAUCUUGUUGUCCUAAGGAGCUGAAACACACAACGACGUACCCUUGCAUUGCUAUUGCUCUUCUAACUACCCGUACGGCAAUGGUAGGCAAGGAAGUAAACCACUAUCAAGGAAUCUGCCAAGAAGAAAUGGUUAUGAAUAUAAGCGAGCUCGAGGCCACGCUCAUGCGCCUUAAAUAUAUCAGCAACCACAUAAUCAUAAGCGUCUAUAUCUAAUAAAGAAUCAAAACCAUAGCCACUAUGGAGUCGUCUAGAUUAUUCGCCCAAUAUAUGUUGGUACCAUGAGACUAGCCCACCGCGUUGACAUGAGCCCACUGACACGCCUGCCAGUCUCCAACGACCACGUUCGUCUCGGGAUGAUGAUGGAGUACUAUAGUCAACGAGCAUGCGUUCCCGGUACACUGCUCAUCAGCGAAGGCACGUUCAUAUCAGAACUCGACAGAGGAGUCCCCAAUGUGCCGGGAAUCUAUAACGAGCAACAGAUCGAGGCCGGGCGACAGGUGACAGAUGCUAUCCACCGCAAAGGGAGCUACAUAUUCUGUCAGCUCUGGGUGCCCGGUCGCGGCGCAAUCAGGGGAUUCGCCAAGGCAAAGGGCAUGAGCAUAUAUAGCUCGAGCGCCAUACCUCUGCACGCCGGCGAGGUAGCCCUUCGAGAAUUAACGGCCGAGGAGAUACAAGGGAAGAUUGAUAACCACAUACAGGCGGCGAAGAACGCGAUGGCAGCAGGGUUCGACGGCAUUGAGCUCCACGGGGCCAACGGCUACCUCAUCGACCAGUUCACACAGGACGCCUGCAAUAGGCGCGGGGAUAUAUAUGGCGGCAGCAUCGAGAACCGGUCUCGCCGGGCCAUUGGACCGCAACGGGCGGGCAUCCGGCUCAGUCAGUGGAGCACGUACAAUGGCAUGAGGAUGAGAGACCCGGUACCGCAGUUUUCCGAUCUAAUCGGCAGGCUAUCAGAGCUCGGCAUCGCGUACCUUCACCUUAUAGGGGCACGGGCAACGGGGAUUGAAGACGCGGAAAGACCGCCGGGUCCCUUCGAAACGCUCAAGUUCGCGUACGAUCUGUGGAAAGGUCCUUUGCUCGUAGGAGGCGGCUUCACAGCAGAGAGCGCGAGGCAGCUGGUGGAUGUUGAAUUUCCGGACAAGAAUAUUGUAGUCAUGUUUGGACGGUCUUAG